GUCUGCUCCCCAUUUCAUGGUUUAAAUACCGGAGGGGUGGCAGGAAGCGUCUUGCUCGCGCUGUUUUCCCCCGCUGCCGGAGCUUCCUCAUCUACGCCAGCCAAUCUCAGCGCCCGCCACGUGCUCGACGGAAUGCUGAAGAAGGCUGCGGCGAGCGGCAAGGACCGCUUCGGCGACCUCACCAACGACCUCCUCCGGCAUGUGCUGUCCUACCUGCCCAAGGAUGAUGCUCUGCAGACCUGCGUGCUUGGCGCCCGCUGGCGCGGCCUGUGGAGGCGCGCAACCAGCCUGCGCUUCAUCUUGGACGAGAGGUCAAGGUUCCCGCGCUGCGAGCGUUUUGAAAGGCUGGUGAAGCUGGUCAUCCGGCUCCGGGGAGACUCUCCUAUUGUCAGGUGCGAGAUCAGUGUCCAUCCUGAUGACGAGACGGAGACGGAGGGCACAUACACAAACACCAUGCGGUUGAUCGAGUACGCUCUAAGAUGCCAAGUCAAGGACCUGCUAGUCGGAGCUGUUCAAACUGAGGUCUACCCGCUGACAUUCGACGCGCCUCUCAUCUCCCAGCACUUGAGGACCAUAGACUUCUUUUUUCUUCCUUUUGCAAUUUGUGCAGAUUAUCUACAGUUGUGAUUUAGAACGGCAUCCUAUAUUUGGCAACUUAAAGACUCUGCUUCUCAAUGAGUGGUUCACGACUAUUGACUUGGUUUGCA